AUGUGAUUAUGUCAGAACCUAACCUUAGUUUACCGAAUAAUCCAUGAAUCAAACAAUCUUUUAAAAGUAUUUACAAUAAAAUAAUGCAAUCCUUCAAGAAUUAAAACAUAUUUUCUGCUUUUGAACUGCAUUAUUCAAAUACAUAAACUCAGAAUGUUGAAAAUGACCUAUGGGCUCCUCUACAAUUCCAGAGUGUGUUGUCGUUCUGCCUCAAUCUUCUCACAAAUCAAAGAGAUGUCCUCUUCAACAAUAUUGGAAACUAAUUUACAAAAAAACAAUUUGAAUGAGCAAACAGAUGAAGCUCCCUCUACUCCUCCUGCAACGGAACCAAUUUCUCAGUCACAAUAUAAAGCCCUUAAAUCCAAAAGUAAGAUAGUGGCUGCAGCAUUUGCUUCUUUGAACAAAGAUUCAAAUAAGAUUGAGGUAGAGAUCAAUACUCCUCAUACCGAUAAUAAAAUAUCUAACGCAACAAAUGUUGAUGAAUUGUUGUCAGUUUCAAACGGUGAGGGUGUUUCCCGUAGACUUGCUUUGAAGAUUGUUUCAGUUCUUGCCGAUUGGACUUCAUCCAAAAAAAUCAGAUUGAAUGAUUUUGAGAAUGACUACAGGUUUAUAAAGUUAUGCAAGGUGUUGACAAGGAUCCAAAAACCAGAAAGGUAUGCAGCCUCGAAGAGCGAGGAUUUAUCCACGGUCCUGAGUGUAACAGCUGAUGAAGAAGCAGCUAAAUUGAUUCAAACUGUUACAUUAAUCCAGAUGGUGAAGAUAAUGAAAACUUUAUCUUUAAAAAAAAGACGGUCAACUCUACUUCUUCGUACUUUAGCCUAUAAUAUCUGUGGUAAUCUGGAUAGAUUAGACUUGAAACAUUGUUCUGACUUGCUGUACAGUAUGGCUUCUUUGAACUUCAUAGAUGAGAACUUAUUGUCCAAAGUCGCUCUGGAUGUUUGUCAUGAAAUUGAAACUGAUUCCGAAGUCAAAAAGAGUACUGUAGUGGGAUCGAUAUUGACGAGUUUGGGAUUUUUGAAGUACAAGAAUCCAGUUAUUUUGGAUUGUUUGAGUAACUGGUUGGUGGAAAAUUGUGAUAUUUGCAGGAGUCAAGAUGUCUUCAGUUUGUUUAUAACUUUAGCCACUGUGAACUAUUUGCCACCCGAUUUUGAGAAAUUGUUACAGGUUUUCAGUCCAUAUCUUACAGAGUUAGAGGCAGGUAAUCCAAGUGUGUGGCUUGAUCAUGUAUGGUCAAAGGUGAUAUUAAAUGUAGCUACCCCACAAGAAAUAUCACAUAUAUUAAGCUCAGACUUCCUUACUUCCUUAGAAGGACGUAAGGGAAAUAAUGUGUCUACAAAUCUUAAAAUUUUGAAUAUAAACGGUGCUGCCGAUUGUUUAAUAGAUGGUUAUGAAGGAAACAAACUGCCUGCUGACUCUCCUCUCAGACAACUUGUGAUACAAAGGAGAAAAGAAAAAACAGAGAUUGUGGAUACUAUCGUUACUUCAUUGAAGAAUUUGAUGAGUAUCGAGAAGUAUUUGAGAGUGAAUACGAAUACAGGAUGUGGAUUUUCAAUCGACGCAGAAUGUGUCCUGGAUGAAAAAUUCAGUGUGAAGGAGUUGAAUUCUAUAGAAGGAAUGAGAAUAGCAAUCAUGCCUUUGGAUUACCAUGAUAUGACUAAGGGUCGAGUAGAACCAACAGGAAUUAAUGUUUUCGCUAAGAGAAUAUUAGAAGCCAAAGGUUACAAAGUGCUGAAUGUACCUUAUAAUGAAUUUAAUCCACAAACAAAAUUGAUAAGUAGGGUACAAUAUUUGGAGAAAAGUCUAAAAGAAUUAGUAAAUAAAUCAUGAGAGUUGCAGCGAAAUUGUUUGCAGCUUUAAUUCAAUGUAUAAAUUAUUUCAAUUGAUAGUUUCUUUUUUAACAGCCUAAAAGUUUAACAACAAACCAGUGUGGUUUUCCUGUCGUCAACAAAACUUGUAAGACUUGUGAAUACAAAAUAAAAUCUCGCUGGACCGAA